ACCAGCGACCGCGGUCCUUGUUUACUUUUCGUCAUCAACACGAAACACUGUAACUUAUAAAUAAGUGAUCGAAGAGAUAUAGCCAGCAAUUACAUUUAAAGAAAGAAGACGUCCAUAAUAUUUGCCAUUGCGAGAGUGGUUACGUUUUUGCUCUCCUUCGCUGAACACCUGCAAAUAGCUACUGUCAGUACGUUAGCUAACGUUAAAGUAAACUACAGUAGCUACCUUAGAUUGCAACCUUUGCAUUUAGCUAGUAGCUAGCUUCGCCAAAAUGCCAUCUCGUGUUGACGAUUAUGAGGUGUUGUAUACCAUAGGAUCAGGGUCUUAUGGCAAAUGUCAGAAAAUACGGAGAAAAUAUGAUGGGAAGAUUCUAGUUUGGAAGGAGCUGGACUAUGGCACUAUGGCUGAGAGCGAGAAGCAUAUGCUGGUGUCCGAGGUCAACCUCCUGCGUGAGCUGAAGCAUCCAAACAUUGUGAGAUAUUAUGACCGCAUCAUAGACCGGACCAACACCACACUGUACAUCGUUAUGGAGCACUGUGAAGGCGGCGACCUCUCCAGCCUCAUCACCACAUGCAUCAAAGACAGGCGUUACUUGGAGGAGGAGUUCAUCAUGCGAGUCAUGGCACAGCUCACUCUUGCACUGAAGGAGUGCCAUCGCCGGAGCGAUGGUGGAGCCACAGUGCUGCACAGAGAUCUCAAGCCUGCCAAUAUCUUCCUGGAUGUCAAGCAGAAUGUCAAGCUCGGCGACUUUGGUCUCGCAAGAAUCCUGAACCAUGACACCAGUUUCGCUAAGACUUUCGUCGGAACCCCUUACUACAUGUCGCCUGAACAAAUUAAUCGCAUGUCCUACAACGAGAAAUCGGAUAUCUGGUCCCUGGGGUGCUUGUCGUAUGAACUCUGUGCCUUAUCGCCUCCUUUCACAGCUUAUAACCAAAAAGAGCUGGCAGAGAAGAUCCGAGAGGGGACGUUCAGGAGGAUCCCCUACCGGUACUCAGAGGAGCUGAACACACUCCUGUCCAGAAUGCUCCAUUUAAAGGACUACCUGAGGCCCUCUGUGGAGUCCAUUCUCCAGAGCAGCUUAUUGGUGGACGUGGUCGCCGAUGAGCAGAGGAGGAUGCAGGCGCGCAACUGGAGGAGGUCGGACGAUCCAGAGAAGCCAAAGCCAGCCGAGUCUUCAACCUCCCCGGCCGCCGCGGCGCUGAGGCUGAAGGAGCAAGCGCUGCGGGAGAGGGAGAAGGCCCUAAAGGAGCGUGAGGAGAGGCUGGAGCAGCGGGAGCAGGAGCUUUGUGUUCGUGAGAGAAUAUCGAAUGAGAACCUUGCCAGAGCGGAGAGUUUGUUAAAGAGCUACAAUCUGGUAAAACAGCAGAAGGCCCUGCCACCACUCUAUUCCAAUGACAUAGAUGUGGGAGAGGAGAACAUCUCCCCUGGAAAGAAGGUCAGUUUUGCCGGAGACAGCAAAGAGAACCAAAGGCCCGAUCAGAAGCAGAGUGAGAAGAGCCAGGAGCUAGGGCUGAAGAGGAGGCUGCAGGCAGCCAACCUGCGGGCCCAGGCCCUGGAGGAGGUGGAGAGGAACUACCAGCUCAAGAGCAGGCAGAUCCUAGGCAUCCGCUAGCGCCAGGAGAGCCUGCUGUUGAGGGCCUGAUUAUCAGGGUCAUAUGAAUGGAGGUCUGAGGUGUUUCCCAGAAGCUACUGGUCUCUGCUCAGUCUUUCUGACUAAUAGAGAGUUUUAGAGCUACUGAAUGCUAGUGGUCAUAUCCUUUAGGGAAAAUAUGUAGCUUUAAUUUAUUUGUAUCGUAGUGAGUGAUUUGUACUGUGGGGAAAUUGCAAAAAUAUUGGAUACCAAAUAUGUUUUUUUUGUGGUGUGUUUUUUCCACCUCGACAUUUCAAAUGUGUCGUUGUUAGACAGAAUUGCACUGAAGUUAUGAUGCUUUGUACAUAAAGUUGCAUGAAAAAUAUAUUUGAAGGGCUACGUUAGUACAGUGUGCAGAGAUGUAUGAAUGGGCGUACACUCCCACAUACACUGCUGGAAAUAUGUAAAUGUUUUGCAAAUAUGAGUUUAGGAAUUGGGAAGGGUUGGCAAAUGUUGAGGCCAUUGUUUUCUGUUAAAAAUAGACAUGGGUUCUGUGGAAUUGUGCUCUCAUUGACUGUUGUCCUUUGUGCUUUAUUGUUCCUUUGCCCUUGAAUUGUCUCCUAUUAUUAAUCUCAAAUGGGCAUCAUGUUAUUAUUUUGGUUAGGGCCUACAUGAUGAAGUUCAGCUCUUGGUACACGUUUCUAAACUUUUCAUUUUGUUUUGUCAGCAUAGAAAUGUGACCAUGUAAAUUAUUUUGGAAUAUAACGUGUCCUCUUGUAAAGGCAGCUAUGUAAUCAGAGCGAUUACUGUCGAAUAAUGUACAUUCUCUUUUUUUCAAGAUGAAAGGUUUAUGUUACAUGCAUUGAUCUCAUUCUUGCCUAGUACGGUUUAUCUGUUGAUUGAGUACGGUUGCAUGCACACAAUAAUGCCAUUAUUGUUGAUAGUCAGAUUGAUAUAAUAGUUCGAUUAAAACGUUUACACGCUUUGCAAGAA